AGUUCCUCAAAUGUAAGUUGAUUUCUACUUCUUGUUCCCUUCACCAGGUGUAUAGUAAGUUGUCUCGGCUUAAUACCGACUAGAAAGAUAAGUGUUUGUAUCUGCCUUUGCAGAAGAACUAAAUCCGUCUUUUGUUUGCUCGCCAUUAAUACAGACUUACGACUUACUCCCGUUCCUCCGAGAUUUGUGUGGCACAGUAGCUGAUGAAGGCGAAAAUGACAGUCCCAGCCAAGGGACAUCAAGUUGCUGGUAUCGGAUUACUACUGGGUGUUGGUAGUACAACUGAGGUAGCAUUUGAUGUCCCGCAGCCCGUUCAUGGCUUAUCCCUGCACACGCUGCAGCACACUAAGAAGGAGCGCAGUGCAAGACGCAGCGCUGCAAAGUCGGGGACGGCGGCGCACCAGCGAACCUACAAGCAAGGCAGUUUGUUCAAGAUGUUGACGACGAAGAAGUUCGAGAGGACGACAGAGAGGCGUCUAAGCAUGCGGGGUCGUGGCGGACUGAAAGACGAAGACAAGAUUUGUUGGGACCCGAAGUCGUUUAGGCAGGACGUGUUACCUGGUUCGGAGGAUACUACAUUGUUCGGAAUGAUUCUCUCCGACGCCGAGUGCCACUCAGAGCCGAGGUGCGACACGUUUUGGGAUCUUUUUCCGGUAUUCGAUUACGCAGAGCGAGCUUUACCGAACUGCGACGACAAUUGGCAACGGGUGGGAAAUAACGAUUGGUAUUUUAAGUUGUUUGGACACGACAGGGAUGGAAACCGCAACGAGUACACUACUUGCAUCCUGCGGCAGUCGCAAAUGCCGGUCCAAAGGGACUGCAGUAUUCAGGCUUGUGGGGACCAAUAUCUGGCCGACCCGGACGAGUCUCUUUUAUCCAGUGAAAUUUUGUAUUUGUGCUGUGUUUUGGUCCCUCCGCCUCUCGUGAGGCCAUGUAAAGAACAAAGAGCAAAUCAAUAUAAGUGUAUUGAUCAAGUAGUUUCAGUUUGUGAGUCUUCCUCCGAUGAACAUGCAGGGCUGAGAAGGGAAAACAAUAUGCACGGCCGCUCCUGAUCUUCCUUUUGCUGCAAAUAUAUAGUAGAUCAUUAUGGAAAAUCAAACUGCAACCUGUUAGAGCCUACACGUUCGCGUCUGUUCUUCUACGAGUGAGUUAUUUAUCCAAACAAGCAGGAGGUGUUUUGUAUCUGUUCCAAGCGUCGUGAGCUGCGUGACUUCAAGGGUUGAGAUCCAUUAAAAAUCUCCGUCGUCAUGCUCAUCCCCAACGAAGACCAAGAGAUGACCACACCGCACAGAGAUAAUUUGCAAGGCAUAGCAGCCCUACCGCAGUUUCAAUUUGAGGCUGUUUCGGGACCAGGACCUGUCGUGCGUGUGCCAAACCUUGUGCGAGCGGGACGCUGGGCACAGUGAGACGAGCUCUGAUUCCUAUUCUCGCUGCUUCGCUUGGCGGGUUAUUCAGCCGCAGCGAGACGGUGAAGGCAAUCUGAACAAAGACUGGAAAGAGAAGAAGUAUCUCCGCUGCGACUUGUUCGAUAGCGACGGGUACUACGAUAGCUUACGGAGUAUAUCGGGUGGCAAUCGCCACCUGUACAGUGCCGGGCGCUGCGUGACGGGGCGGACGCAGCAGCCCCAGCACUGCACAGCCGCGACCAGAGCGGCGCGGGCCCAGCAAAAACUGACGGAGGACUGCAGUGGAAACUCGUACGAUGGCGCCUCCAUCUGGACCGGCGAGGCGGGCCAGACGCUUGUGUCAGGAAACUGCGCGGGGCCGCUACCCGGCAGCAGCGGGACCAUGAUCGAAGAAAGUUGGUGUGCUUCUGGGGGAGGGGGCCCGGAAAAUUGCAGCUCCUCCCGCUGCUGUGCGGACCCGGCGCUGCGCUGCUACAAGAAAGACCAGCACUGGUCGGGCUGCAUUCCGCCCGUGGGUUCUCCUGGCGCUUGCACACCGGGAGGAACCAGGCUGGAAGACGGGGCGGAGUGGUCGCACCAGCCCUGGGCCUGCGAGUACAUUGACGUCAAUCCGCUGCCUACCCCUAGUGCUACCCUAGCACCACUGGUGCCAGGUACGACAACGGCGCCAAUCGUCCCUAGACAAGAUCCAAUCGUACCUACACAAGGCGAUCUUUCGUCCCACAACAAUCCGCUACCAUCAACCACGGCUGCGCCACCGGUCACGAAUCCUGCCACUCCAAGCACCGCGCUUAGUACCUCAACUGCUCCUUUAAGCACGACGAAUUCUCCAAGCAACGGUGACACCGGAGAGUCGCCCAUUUCCUUGCCAGCAUCACAGGAUGGCGAUGCAAAUGGAGAAGCGCAACAACAAGAAGCGAAUCAGGCCCCGACGGAGGAUGACCAGUCGGGAGCACAGCAUGGCGAGGGUGCUGUCCCGGGGUCCGUUGCAGAGCAGACACCUUAUUUGGCAAGAACACCCAAGCCACGGAGUUUCGACUGCUGUGAAGAAGGUACCGCUAGAACCGUUCCGCAAGGUUACGAAGAAGCGGUGGGCGCGGAUACUUCUACGCAGGCGGAGCAUGGGUGGCUCCAGGCUGCAGAAGGCAGCAGUUCUACAACAACGCAGGAAGGUGCUACGUCGGCUGGUGACCUCGCUGGGUUAACCCCAUCGUUUGCGCCAGUGCAAGACAGUGCCAGGAUUCCACGAAGAUAGAACAAGAUGACAGCACAUCAUGCGCACGAUACUGGUUUUUGUUGAGUCAGCACGAGUUCGAUCCGAAGUGGCGCCAAGGCCGCACUACUUUUAUAGUUACUUUUCCAUUUUUUUGUCUUUCAAAUCCCAUUCACGAUCGUGAAAACUCCUUCAGGAAUACGUGAGUACCAGUUCUAGUUCAUCCUUAGCUUUAGUAGUUUCAGGUAGUUUAUUACUCUCAAUCUCAAAUGCUUUUAGUGUUGUAACAUUCAUAACAAACUGCAGCGUGCCACACUAAAACGGUAUUUUACAACGCUCCCUACCCAGCAACCUCACUGUAAUAUAGACCAAAUCUCUACCAUUGCACAAGAUCAAGAAGUCGAAUUUUAAGGGUGAUAAAAUUUCCAGAACAUGAUCUGCAACAAUAUUUCCCAGAACGUCUUCUCGUAAAGGUGAACAUCGGUGCCUUCUAUUUUCGCCACUGUUCCUCAGAAGAAGAAAAAAA